AACAAGAGUGAACUUGUUGACAAGUCUUCUCAAUUUUUGGAACACAAAGGAUACUUAUUCCUCGUAAUAUUUCUAAAUGAGUUUAUUUAAGCCUUCUCAUGUAUUUGCUAAUCUUCCCGACACAGCUUCGGAAAUGAACAAAAUGAACGCAUUUGCGAAUGAUGAAAACAAAAUAACGGAGGCUAAAAUUGACAACCGUGUAAUCCAAGUUUCCUCUGUUGGAGUUGUAACACUGCCACCUGACCGAUGUAGGCUGACAAUCAGAGUCACAUCAACAAAGGAAAAUGUAGCUGACGUGAAAGAGAGCACGACAAGGAGACUAGAUUAUAUCAUUCAGACUCUUCACAAUCACUCGGUUAAGGAUUCUGACAUACAGAUAAGUAAAGGUAUGCGUCGGUCAGAUUCAAUGUACCAGAUGGAUGUAGAAGUGACAGCUCUUUUCAUUGACCUCCAUAAAUGUCAAAAUGUCUCCAAUUUACUGGUAGAGAAACUUGACCCAACAGUGACAGUGUGCUUACCAGAAUUUUUUCAUUCCUCUGUAACUUUACAGAAUCUUAGACAUCAAGCUAGUCUCCUUGCCAUUCAUAAUGCCAAACAGAAAGCGCAAGAAAUGGCCCGAUUUGUAAACCAGUCUGUAGGUCGACCAAUCAGCAUCAAGGAACAGGAAAACAAGGAGUGGCAGGGAACAGAGGAGUCCGCGGAGGAAUUCCUUACCCCCAGGACCCUGCAGCAGAAACUCAACGAUGCCAGUGUUACCGUCUCAAGCAAAAUCUCCAUAACAUUUGAACUGAAACCAAAAGUGAAAAAGUCAGGACCAGAUGCUGUUAAGAGUUAGCACCUUGUGGAAGCAACAUAUUCACCUUGUUUUGUUUAUUUUGUUAAUUUAUUUAGCACAUGUGAUACAGAGUAUCUGGGGCCAAGUGUUGUGUUUUGUUACUUAGAUAUUACAUUAAUCUUUAUUAAAAAUGUCAAAGUAAGGAAUAAAAUCAACCAUACUGGUGGUUUGAAUAUCUGUCCUUUCAUUAGAAAAACAGUUAAACUUGUUUAUAUGGAAAUUAUACCUGAUAUUCUCUAUAUCAUGAUUACAUGUAAUUUGAAAAUUUAAAAAAAAAAUUGGAAAAUGAGGUGUGGAAAAAGUAUGAAACUUCUUACCUUAAAGAUUUCCUUUUCUCAGAGUUCCUUAUAAGUAUGUUUAGCUGUUCAUAUACAAUUUGUUUUUGGAAGAAUGUUCUAAUGAAAAUUUCUUAAUUUAUUGUUGACGAUCAAACCCUCAAAACUCAACAGAUCCACAUGUAGGUCUUUUUUCUGUUUCUAAUUACAGUAAAACACGCUUAUAACGAAGUCCCAGGGGCAACCAAUUUAGCUUCGUUAUAAGCGUAAUUCGUUAUAUCCGUCAAGUUUACAACAUGAAAUAGAGACUUGGGGAAUGAAAUUCACUUCGCUGUAAGCGUCAACUCAUUAUCAGCAUGUUCGCUAUAACCGUGUUUUACUGUACUUAUCUGUGGAUUUGUUUGUUUAUAUUUAAUUGUGGCAUUCCCAGAUCAAGCUAGAUCUUAAUUUUUCUAUUUGAUGGCAGGUAUCUUUGUACAUUUGUUAAAAUUAAAGAAUAAUUUUGUGAAAUAGCAGUAGACAUGAUUUUAUGAAAUGAUUUAUAACUAAAUCAGUUGUAAGAUAUAGAAAUGUCACUAUGUUAUUCAAGAGAAAAACAGAUUUAAACUAACAAGUGUAGAUGUUAGUAUUUCAAUAGACUUGAUUGAUGUUAGAAUUUAGACAUCACUUUGAAAUGGUGUUAUAUUUGUUUUAUAAUUUUUUUGAUUUGAUAUGUUACAUGUAAAAUAGCAGUACUGUGAUAAAAUUUGCACAAAUGU